AUGUACACCUGUAUAACGGAGGACCAGUAUGCUGAUGCCUUUCUCCAUGACGACAACAUGAACUUCAGAGUCAAUCUACACAGAAUGCCCAUGAGACACAGGAAGAAGGCAGCAGAGAAGAACGUCCCGUCCAGACCACUGGUGUGUGCUGUUCUAGAUCUGAUGGUUGAGUUCAUCGUCACUCAUAUGAUGAAGGACUUUCCUAUGGAUCUCUACAUGCGUUGUGUACAGGUGAUUCACAAGCUGAUCUGCUACCAGAAGAAAUGCAGAAUCAGGUUACACUAUACCUGGAGAGAACUGUGGUCAGCUCUGAUCAACCUGUUGAAAUUCCUGCUGUCCAAUGAGACCGUUCUGUUGGCCAAGCACAACAUCUUUCACCUGGCUCUACUGGUGGUGAAUCUGUUCAACAUGUUUAUAACAUAUGGAGAUACGUUCCUGCCCACCUCCAACAGUUAUGAUGAACUUUACUAUGAGAUCGUCAGGAUGCACCAGAUCUUUGACAACCUCUACUGCAUGGUACUGAGAGUGUCCACCAACGCAGGCCAGUGGAAGGAGCCUGCCAGUAAAGUCACACACUCACUGGUCAACGUCAGGGCCAUUAUCAACCAUUUCAACCCCAAGAUUGAGUCCUACGCUGCAGUGAACCACAUCUCCCAGCUGUCUGAGGACCAGGUAUUGGAGGUGGUCCGGUCCAACUAUGAUACGUUGACCCUGAAGCUGCAGGAUGGACUGGACCAGUUUGAGAGAUACUCUGAACAACCCAAGGAGGCUGCCUUCUUUAAAGAACUGGUUCGCUCCAUCAGUCUGAAUGUGAGGAAGAAUGUGUCUCUGAACACACUGAGUCAGGACCUCCUGCUCAAAGAGUUCUCCACCAUCUCCUGAGAGACACAUGUAUAGUCCUCACCCCCCUGACCCUAUCUGACUACACACACACUCCUCUAUCUGACUACACACACACCCCUCCCUCCUCACCCAUCCACACACCCCCCUCUCAAAGAGUUCUCCACCAUCUCUGGAGAGGGAGGGGCACACAUCUCUCUCCCCACCUGCCCUACACACACCACUCCUCCACUGCCUCACCUCUCUCUCUCCCCACCUGCCCUACACACACCACUCCUCCACUGCCUCACCUCUCUCUCUCCCAC